GUCAAUUUUGUGUUUCGCUUAUGGGAAAUUUCAAAUAUAGUACUCAACCUUUUAUUUUGAUUACUUUAGCUUCGCGUAUCAAUUUAUAAAUUUAUGGAUUUUUUUGUUCAGUUUCCGAACGACAGUGAAUGGGAUUCGAAUUACUUUUCCAACAUUCAGAUGAAUAUUGAGUUAAUCAGAUCGUAGGUUUCGAAGAACCCUACUGUCAUAUGAUCUGCUAAACUUUCUUAAAAAUCUAGUUCUGUGAUUGACAGUGAUACUAUGUAUGAUAAUAAAAACAAAAUAAUAUAUUGAAUUUCUUUUUUUUUGUAAUUGGUAAACUAAUAAUGAUUAGGAAACCUGUGAUAGUCAUACUACUUAAUAUAUUGUGUUGCGAUUUUGUGUAUUCGAGUUAUGAUGUUGAAAUCAAAACUGAUGGUCCAAUUGUACAAGGAGCUACCUUACAUGUCAGUGCUACUGUACUUGACUUUGUACCAGAUGGUAAACUCUUGCAAUUUGAAUGGUAUGAUAAUGCUAUACCUCAGCAUAAACAGACGAAUGAAAUAACUUCACCAAAAGAUACCUGGAAUGUUACAUACCCUGCUGAUAAAUACCCAGGUGGUGCUUACAUUGUUCAAGUAGUUGUAAGCAGAUGUUGGUUUCUUGAUGUUUGCUACCAAAUUGGUUCUGCUAGGACUCAAUUUAUCAUUACAGUUGAUCUAAAUGGAGAUCUUCUCAUUGAACAACAUAACCAAACAAUAACAAAUGGGUAUGUCUCAACUAAAGCAGAAGUUGUCCAUCAAGUAAAAUUGAAACAAACUGAUGAAGAUUUUGUUCAAAAUGCAGUGACAUUGAGAACAUAUUGGUUUGUCGAUUGCAAUUAUUAUGGAAUCACGAAUGGAUAUGAGUUUGCUUUCAAUUAUACAUUGCCCUAUGAAAAGCAUAUGAUUGAAGCUUUAGUAAUGGCAGAUUUUACUCCUCUACCAACUACUACUGUACCUACUACCACAUCAACAACAACUGCUACCACAUCAACAACAACUGCUAUCACAUCAACAACAGCUCCCACAUCAACAACUACAACCAUUGCUUCUUCUUCUAAUGGUACCACAACCACUGUGUCUACUAAAUCUAAAACAACUACUUCUAGAAAAAUCAAGAGAUCUCUUAUUAAUACAAAAUUUGUGUCUGAACCAAUAUCAUUGGCCUGUGCAAAUGGGAGUUUUCGACCUUAUCACAAUCAAUUUCCAAUGAUUCAUAAUUAUUCAUUGGGAUCAUAUUACGAUUUGCAAAAAACCUACGGUUAUUUUUAUAAAAUAUUACAGUCUAAAGAUCCUCUAUCGAAAGUUAAUGUUACCGGAAACAACUGGCUCCAACCGGGAGACAUGUUAUCAUUGAAAAUUCAAUGUGACGGUUCGAAAAACUUCUCAUAUUGUGUUAAGUAUAGAAGAGGGGAAUAUAAUAUCACUGGUAAUGAAACUUGUGAUAUAUAUGAGAUGUUAGAUAACUGCGAUUUCACUAUAUCUAGAUAUUUGAGUUCUCCUAAAACUACUGUAUUGAUCAUCAUCGAAAAUGACAUCAAUAAAGUGGUAACACCAGUAACUGUUAAUAUUUACAAAGUGAAAAAACAAGGUCAGUUGUCAGUCAUUGUGGUUCCGGUGGCUUUUAGUUUAGUAGCUGUAGUCCUAAUUGUAUUUGGAGUUGCAUACUACUUCCAAAAUCGUUCUAGAUUUAUAAUAGAAGUGGCUGAUUUCAAUUUCGGUCAACAAUACACCGAUUUGGAAUAUAAAACAUUUAGAGAGAGGCUCAAAGACUCAAUAUCCAAUGCUUUUACACGAACCCCGACGCCUAGCUCUUCAGAAGUUCCAGUAUGGCCUCCUGGUAGUAAAUACGGUAGCAUGACAUGAUAUAUGGAUUUUGAUGAAGAUGUUAUCAGAGAUCAUUAUCUGGAUGAUGAAGGAAAAAUACAAUAUUUUUAAUAUAUUAUUCUGACUUGGAAAAAAAGUUCUUCUGUAUAUUUUAUCUAUAAGAAGGAUUUUAGUAGCUAUUUUCUUAUUUUAUUGCAUUACAAACUUUAAAUAAGCUUAUUUCAUGUAUUUUAUGUAGAAAAGGUGUAAAGAAACGAAAAAUAUUGGUUAAAAGUUGUUUUUAGAGUAGAGGUUUCUAACAUUUAGACCAGGUUCGAUAAUUUUUGAAUAAAGAAAAAAUAGUAAUAAUUGUAGGAUGAAAUCAAUUUAAAAAGGAGGAGAAUGCAUAAAGAUGAAAGGAAGAUUAAUUUACAGGCGAUCUAAGGUCUAAUUUGCUUUAAAUGAAAUUAACUAAAACUUAAGUUUUGGUCUUAUAUUUCUUUAUUGAUAUAAUUAUUAAGCGCAAGUAUUCUGAAAGAAUCCUAAUUUGGAAAAACUGCUUUCAAUAAGGAUUUAAAAUUUAUAAGGAAAUCUUAGAAUUUUGAGAAAUAAUUUGUUUUUACUAAUGUUAUUAGGUCUUCUAAUGAGCUCUUUUGGAAAAAUUUUGCAAACUUUCAGGUGACCUCUAGUUGGAACAUAGAUAAAAUAUUAAAGAUGUAAAGAGUGAGUGGAGUAUAAGGGAAAUUGUACUAUUGGACAAAAGAGAAAAAGCAUUGGUUUAUCACUCUCUAUAUCCCUGUACUCUACAAUAAAUGCAACACUUGUUAUUAUCCAUCUUCUGCAAUUCCUACCACUUGAAAUUUCGACAUCAUUUCGUUCUAAUCAGAAUAGAGUAAAAAGAAGUAGAGAGUGGUAUACCAAGUUACUAUACCUCGCUUUCUUUAUCUACAAUAUUUUCUCUAUGGGUUGGAAACCUCAACUCUAUAAAAAUCAAGAUAAAUACAAUAUUGUUAUUUUAUUCUGUGAUAACUUUUUUCAACAUUGUGUUAAUGAAACUUUGUAACAAUAUAAACAAAAUUCUUAUUAGCCACAGCAGAAUUAUUGGCAUUGACACUAACACACAAUUACACUGACUAGUCGUUUGAACUAGAUAUGAAUCCGCUACAAGGCUCGAAGGACCAGAUAGUGGAAUUGCGUAAUGGUGUAUUUUCUAUGAAUGCCAUUAAUGUUUCAAAAAUUCCAACGUAAUUAUUGGCUUGUAUGUAAUAAAAUAUUAACUCUUAAUAUAAUCAUCAGACUGAUAUUGAAAUUAAUUUAUUCCAAAAUAAAAUUGUAUAAACUUAAUUUGUAAGAGAUAGCUAGUAAUUUUACCGUUUUUGUAUAAAAUAAGUUGUACAUUAAAGCUUUGCCAUAAUUAUGUCACAAUAUAUUCAUGAAAUAAUUAUCUAUAAUUAAUAUGUGAUAGUUUAUAACAUGUGUUUGGACAAUUAUAUGAUAUAACGCAUUUUUUGUUGAUUUCUUGUCCAAACUAUGGUCAAAGGUACUUAGUAUUGAAAAAGUGUAUCCGUUUGAGAUGAUCGAUUUUCCAAGGAAUCAGAUGAAAAUGCAAAUUAUAUGAAUAAUAUUACUGAGAGGUAGAGUUAGUGUAUGAAACUUUAAUUGGCUGUUCAAAAUUGAUUUCGCAGGGCGAUUCAACUAUUCAAAUUGGCUUAGUCAUAAAUAUAUUACAUUAUGUAUACAUAUGUUGAACAUAUUUUUUUUAUAUAUAUAAGAGUAGUGGAAAUAAUAAAUUAAUUAUUAAACCAACUA